AUGAAUGUCGUUCAUUCCAAUACGCACUUUCUCAAACGAGAUGAAUUGUACAGCACCGAAAAGCCCUACUCGCUACGAUUCACACCCCCGGAGGGAUUUCUCAGAUCAAACAUCAAAUUAGAAAAGCACGAAAUUGAUAUCCACGACAUCCGGAAUCACAAAUCCACCCUGAAUUUCCAGAGAGAUGGAGUUGCGAUUCUCGACUUUGAAUCAAAGAUGGUAUAUGAAGACUACGACAAUGAAGAGGUGGUCAAAGCCGUUCUGCUCAAGGAGAUUGCCAAUGGUCUCAAGGUGUUUCUGGGAGGCCAGCACGUUCAGAUCUUUGAGCAUACAGUAAGAAAACGGCACGAAAUAUUCCCCAUCUCAACAGGCGAGCCUUACAGAUACAACCAGCCAACAUCCAUUGCGCAUGUCGAUACCACUACUGAGUGGGCUUUCGCCAUGGCACAACAACUGAAUCCCCGAAAGGCUGAGAAGAUUGGACAGCAUCGCCUCCAAUGCGUCAACUUCUGGAAACCACUGGUUGGACCUGUCCGAGACUGGCCUUUAGCCAUGUGCAACCCCACGAGCAUCGAUCCACAAACGGAACUCGAGCCUUGUGAUCUUGUCUAUCCAGAUUACGUGGUGGAGAACCGCCAGGUAUAUCACUCAAACAAGCAAAAAUGGUUUUAUCUCAGUAAUCAAAUGCCCAACGAGGCAUGGGUCUUUUUGCAAGCAGACUCGAUGCCUGGGACCAAUCCUAUCGCUCACACUGCUUUCCCCUUCCCGGAUGUAGGCCCUGCUGACGUCCCCCCGCGGGAAAGCAUCGAAGCCCGAGCACUUGUAUAUUAUGGCGGAUUCGGAUUCGGUGACGAACAGGAAGAAUAA